UGUUUUCAGAUAUAAUACAGAUACCAAAUCCAAUAGAAAAAGAAGACUAUCCAAUAAAAGAAGAGAAUUCUAAUCAAAUAUUACCCGAAAGUCAUACCGCAUUAGAGAGAAAAGAUGCUCAGACAAAAGAGGACAAAAAACGAACAAUAAAACAAGUGACGCAGUAUAAUGUGCCCAAUGAUUUUAAAUGUAACAUAUGUGGGUCUGUCAUGCCAAAUGCUUAUACAUAUCAUAGUCAUAUGAAUCAACAUUAUCCGAAUCACAUAUGUGAAACUUGUGGUAAAGGUUUCCUAACGGAGAAGAGAUUGAAACGUCAUAUACCGUCACACAAGAGAGGUCCGUUCAAAUGUCAAGACUGCGAUGCGGAGUUCACCAACUAUAACACAUUGAACUCGCACAGGUUUAUAUUUAUUUAUUUAAACAUUACACAAAAUAAUAAAUAAAUAUGCUUGUUUUUGUUAUUUUUUUCUUUAUAUGCAAUUUAUCGGUCAUUUGCCAUUAAAGUUAGCAUUGUUGUAAAAAUAUUAGAUACGUAUUUUAUUUUUGUUUCAAUUUAAUGUGAAAUUAUUAAUGAAUGCUUGAGUUAAUGAGUCUUGCUUAUUUUUAUAAGGGGAGGUUUAUUAUGACUAUAAUAUUCUUCUUGCCUAACAUGAAUAAUGCUUAAGUUACAUCUAACUGUAGUUCAAUCGCCGCACAGAGAGAAUUCCGUACAACGACCCGGCAUUACGUGUCUCUCAUCACUCGUGCGCAAGCGUAUUGCCGGUUCGCUCGCAUAGAUUAUCUAGACCAGAGGUUCCCAAACAAUUUUCAUUCGUAGACCAUUUUAAAAAUUUACUGAUUUCGGUGGACCCCCUGCUGCUACAGUUUUACCAUAUUCCCAAAAUAUGAAGAUCUAACGAUGGAAAUUAGAUUUAUUUCACGCAAACAUAGACCCCCGUUGAAUCACUCGUGGACCCCCGGGGUCCACCUGGACCACUUAGGGAAUCACUGAUCUAGACAAUUGUGUCAUAGUAAAGUGAACAUAAAAUGUUUACGAUAGGAGCCGUCCAUUAAUCACGUGAUGUUUUUUUUGGCAUUUUUUAACCUCCCCUACCCCAUAGUGAUACAUAGUGAGGUUUAAGGCUACCCCCCCCCCCCAUAUAUCACGUGUAUUUUUAGUACUUACAAUGAAUCUUAAUUUUCUAAUUGUAUUAUAGACAAUUAGAGAGUACAAUAAUGUCUAGAGGUAGACGUUUGACGAAAAAAUAAUUUAAUUACACUUAUUUACGCCGCUUUUCGGGUUGAGUAUCGCGCCUUUGUCGAAAAAAUAAAUACACGUGAUAUGUUUCUUCACCCCCCCUCCUCCUUGUGAUAUUUUGUGACUUUUUUAUGGACCCCUCCCCCCCUUUCGAGCCUCACGUGAUUAAUGGAUAUGUAACAGUACGUACAAAGGUCAACAUACGAAAUUUUCUCUGUUGUGCGGCCGUGGUAUAAUUUUGUAAUGUGUACCCUGUGUUAUAGGCAGCGUAAACACAGUACACUGGAGAUGUACAAGUGUCCACAUUGUCCGGAACGGUUCGGCACGUACACCAGACGCGCGGUACACUUGGCGGCGGAACAUCAGUUCUCGACAAGGAAAUACGUGUGCAAAAUAUGCAACAGAGGCUUCCUUAUAUCUGGCAACCUGAGCGGGCACAUGCGUCGCGCGCACGCGGUGGCGCGGCCGCACGCGUGCGCGGAGUGCGGCGCCGCGUUCCCGCAGCGGCGGGAGCUGCUGGCGCACGGCGCCGCGCACCGCCCCAGCAGGCCCUUCCACUGCCAGCUGUGCCCCAACAAAUAUCCCCGCAAAAAAGCGCUAGUAGUACACAUGCGUACACACACAAACGAGAGAAGAUUCGCUUGCGAAGUCUGCGGGAAGAGGUUUCUUCAAAAGUGCACUCUCUUAGUUCACGCUAAAACACACAAUCGUAAAGAAGAAACUUGCCAUAAUAUUGGAACUGUAGAAACAGAGGCUGUGGAAUAUACAUUUGUAAAAUGGACCGAAGUCAAUAAGAAGUGAUAUUUUGUACUGGCUGAUUCGAUUAGGGAUGUGACUGCCUAAUUCUCUAAUCAUAAGGUACGACAUCUUUGCGCUGUUGUGGCGAUAUUUCCUUCUAUUU